AUGUUCUGGGAAGACAUCAGCACCGAGUUCUUGGAGUGUAUAGCCAGAGGCAUAACUCCGAUCUUUCUGGGGACGCCGGCUAUUUAUGAAUAUGUCGAGAGAAACGUCUUGCUCACGCGCUGGCGGUUCGAGACGGCGGAGGAGAUGAUGGCCACAAUUAGCACGCUGUCCUCACCGCAGGGUGUUCUGGAACACGGCACCCGUGUAUUUAUGGAACGCCAGGGAAACUACUUCCUUAGUCGCUUGUACUGGCGCCAAGAUCCUCGACUGCGCGCCUUGCUGCUCGCCAGCGCUGCUCAGAGACAACAGCGGCUCCAGCCACUGGGAAAGGUGGACGCGUCCCCGCCUGUCAUGGAGAUUGUCAUUUGCGUUGCCUCUACGGCGCACAACAGAGCGGCACGCGACAUUAUCCGAACAACCUGGGGCAGCGAGGAGCACCUUCACACGGGCUUGGGCGUUGUCCUGGUUCGAGUCUUGUUCUUCCUGGGGCAAACUGACGAAGCCAGUGCCGAGCACAGCGAGACUGGAGAUAUUGUGCUUUUGCCGGACCUGCCGGAGAACUUCGCCAGCAUUUGGUUGAAGACGGCGGCAAUAUUGAAAUUUGGGGCCGACUACUUCAAGGGCCAUGCGCAACCUAGUCACAGUGGCCCCGGGAGGUUGCGUUUCCUCAUCAAGUGUGAUGACGAUGCCUUCCUUGACAUCGAUGCUGUGGCAGCUGACAUCAUGGCAAGCGCCCCCGUAGGUCUGCUUUGGGGCCAUGUCAUGGCACUGGUGGAGCCAAACAGAAAUGCAUCCGACAAGUAUUUCGUCCCCCAUGAAGUUUAUCCUAUGCAGUACUAUCCACCCUAUGCCCGUGGUAUGGCAUAUGCCUUAUCUGAGGAUGUGGUUCUACCGCUUGGUACUGCCUUAUAUGAAGGUCACAUAGAUCCUUUUCCUUACAGGGAGGACGUGUCUGUGGGCUUGUACAUUCUGGAACUGGCAAGAAGCGGGCGAGUACGCGUGGUUCCACACCAGCGCAAGGACGCAAUGCCCUUGGACUUCAAGGAGCAUUGUGCUGGGCCCCAGAGCAGCAAUCCCGUGCUGGUGAUGCAUAGAUUCGAGCCUGCUACUGGGCCAUGUUUGUGGAAGUUGGUGCAGGAGCGCCGCCGCGAAGUGGCCAAAGGUGCUACACGCAACGCGGACUUCUGCUCGUGCUCGCGGCUUGCCAGGCAGGCGCUCUGA